AUGACUGAACCGACAGCAAAGGCUGCGCCUUUCCGGCCGCAAGACCACCUCAAACCGUUCCCACCAUUGUCACCAACAACAUCCCAGCCAUUGAAAACAUCAAACCCAACCAAUAAAGAACCCGAGCCGAAUCAGAAUGGAACAGCACACACCAAGAAACAACCCUCGAAUGAUUCAACCAACGACGAAACUAUCCCCCCUCUCCCAACCGUGAUCGCACGCAUUCACGCCCGCGUGCAAGCCUUCCUAAACGAACCCCACGCCCCGGAUACGCUGCUAGCCUCGGUUCAACGGCAAACGCGGAUCUCGCUAGAGGUAGUCAGCACCGCGCUGCAGCGAUACAAGCUCUCUGAACUCUCUCUCUCCUACAACGGCGGCAAGGACUGCCUAGUCCUGCUAAUUUUGUUUCUGGCCGGAUUGCACCCAUCGCGUGUCCGCAAUGACCCGCAAACCCCCACCACAGAUGCAAACGCCAAUGCAAACGCAAACGCAAACGACGCAGACCAUCGCUCCCCCGCAGACCUUGAAGCAGAGGCCCAGAUAGCCGCUGCGACGGUCAUCCCGGCGAUCUACGCGCUUCCCCCUGAUCCCUUCGAUGCCGUCGAAGACUUCGUCGUUUCCUCUGCUGAAGCUUAUCACCUCGCUAUAACAAAGUACACUACUGCGCCGCCGGAUUCUACACUCCGGUCUAGCUUUGAGGAUUAUCUGGCGCGCCACCCUAGUAUCCGGGCUAUAUUUGUCGGUACGCGGCGGACUGAUCCGCAUGGUGCGCAGCUGACGCACUUUGAUCGGACAGAUGGGGGGUGGCCUGAUUUUGUGCGCGUGCAUCCCGUGAUUGAUUGGCAUUAUGCGGAGAUUUGGGCGUUUAUUCGGCAUCUGGAUUUGAGGUAUUGUUCGCUCUAUGACGAGGGUUAUACCAGUCUUGGCGGUACCUCUGAUACGCAUCCUAAUCCGAGAUUGCGGGUUGGGGCUGAUGAACAGUAUCUUCCUGCUUAUCAGCUCACUGAGGAUCUGGAGGAGAGACUUGGGCGCGAAUGA